AUGGAAAACCUGACAGAACUUCAGAACCCUCUGUUAGAGAAAAACAACAAGCACGAUUACAGUUACCAGGACGAUUACAGCGAACAGCAACACUACCAGGAGAAGAUCUUGAACUACUUUGUGAGCAAUGGUUCUGCCAAGAACAAACCUAAAGGCAACUUCACACAUCAGCUCCUGGAUGCCAGCUCACUGCAUCUGGCUGUCGAGGCCUUUUACCGGCCAAAUUUUAUUUUGUAUAAGGACGAGACGAAAGAGGAUGUCAAGGAUUACAGGAACGACAGCUCUGAGACAACAUUCACUGAGAGGAAGAACUUGACAAUUGAUUCCCCCGACCAUUCAGAAUCUAAACACGUGGAAUACACAGAAAACGAUGUCAAAAUUCAAACUGUGUCCUAUGAGGUGGAGGAAGAGGAGUUUCAUGACUGUGAGGAGUGUGUAGAUGAACUGGAUCUGAGGGGAUAUUUUUUAACAAGUGAAGCUGCGGAGGACAGACCAGUUAUCAAAGACAAACAUCCUCAGCCAACCAAGAAUCAUAUGAUUAGUUGUCAGGAAGCUGUUCAUGAGCGAAUGAGUGAGAAGCUAAGUUAG